GAUGGCGGCUCUAUUGACCCAUUCGUUCCAAUGACCUGCCGUAGCCAAGGCGACAUCUAGGUGUAGAUAUCUACGAACUACAGCAACUCAGUAUUGGAGCUCAGUAUAGGUGUCAAGAGAAAUUGCCAGAAUAAAAAUCCGGGGUCCUUUAGGCAGAGCGUAUAGCGCUGGAUCCGAGAGCUGUCACUUGGUUACGGAUUCAUUCAUUGUUCUUGGUUUCUCCUGCAGCGGGUUUUUUAGGAUUUUAUCGUCAUGUUUGAGGAGGCCAGCGAGGUGUUUGACAACAUGUUAAAAUCGUCCUUUCCGCUGACGAUUAUCGUGUUUUUGCCUGCGGUGUUGAUCCUGGUGUCUCCGCUCCCAGCUGAAGCGGCGCAUGAGUUCACAGUGUACCGCAUGCAGCAGUAUGACCUACAGGGACAGAACUACGGAUCAAGGAAUGCGAUUUUGAACACUGAAGCACGUACGGUGGAGGCGGAGGUGCUAAGCCGUCGCUGUGUGAUGAUGCGACUAGCGGAUUUCUCCUACGAGAAAUACCAGAAGGCUCUCCGACAGUCUGCGGGGGCUGUCGUCAUCAUUCUCCCCAAAAACAUGUCCACAAUGCCUCAGGACAUUGUGCAACAGUUCAUGGAGCUGGAGCCGGAACUGAUGGCCACAGAGACCAUUGUUCCUGUUUACUUUGCUCUGGAGGAUGAUGAGCUAUUGUCUAUUUACACCCAGACGCAGGUGUCCUCUGCCUCACAGGGCUCCUCCUCCGCUGCUGAAGUGCUGCUGCACUCUGCCACUGCAAAUGGAUUCCAGAUGGUGACGAGUGGAGCUCAGAGUAAAGCUGUGAGUGACUGGGCCAUCACUAGCCUUGAGGGUAAAUUAGCAGGAGCUGGAGGAGAUGAUCUGCCCACCAUCGUUUUUGUGGCUCACUAUGACUCUUUUGGCGUGGCUCCGUGGUUGUCAUACGGUGCCGAUUCCAACGGCAGUGGUGUGGCUGUGCUCCUGGAGCUGGCUCGACUCUUCUCUAGACUCUACUCUCACAAACGGACUCACGCUGGGUAUAACCUGCUGUUUUUCCUGUCUGGAGGAGGGAAAUUUAACUAUCAGGGCACUAAACGGUGGUUAGAGGAUAAUUUGGACCACACAGAAUCCAGUCUAUUGCAGGAUAACGUGGCGUUCGUCUUGUGUUUGGACACGCUGGGGAAUGGGGACAAUCUUUACCUGCAUGUGUCUAAACCUCCUAAAGAAGGCACACCUCAGCACGCCGUACUCCGAGAGCUGCAAACGGUUAUAUCUCAGCAGUACCCGGAGCUGAAGUUUUCCAUGGUUCAUAAGAAGAUCAACCUGGCUGAUGACAGCCUGGCGUGGGAGCAUGAGCGCUUCGGGAUCCGCAGACUUCCUGCCUUCACUCUCUCGCAUCUGGAGAGCCACCGCAGCUCCACACGCAACUCUAUCAUGGACUUGAGGACUCAUGUGGACCUGACGAAGCUCAGAAGGAACACUAAACUGAUUGCAGAGUCUUUAGCACGAGUCAUUUAUAACCUGACUGAGAAGGGCACUAAUGGAGAUCUGGAGAUCUUCACAGAGCAGAUGGUGCAGGAGGAUCAGCUACUCUCUCUGGUUGACUGGUUAAGCACUCAGCCACGAGCCGCCCAACUGGUGGAUAAAGACGGCAGUGUGGUCAGUACCCUGGAGUAUUACCUCAGCCGCUACCUCAAAGACGUCAAGAGGCAUUUCAUCAAAGCCGACAAGCGGGAUCCUGAGUUCGUCUUCUAUGAUCAGCUGAAACAGACAAUGAAUGCAUACAGAGUAAAACCAGCGAUUUUUGACCUUCUGCUGGCAUUGUGCAUCGCUGCAUACCUCGGCAUCGUGUACUUGGCUGUCCAGCAUUUUGGUAUUUUGUACAGUGUCCUUCGGCGGGUCACAGCAUCCCGAGUCAAGCAGCAUUAACACCGCUCUCUUCAUCCCUGCAAUAUGAGGGACUCCUGCAGUCCCACAAUGGAGCCAAGAGUGUGAUUGGUUUUUUCCCUCUCUGACAUGUUUCUUGUCACGUUUCAAGUGUUUGCAUUUGCCUGCUUGUCCUCGUCAGUUCGGGGACAGCUUUUUUUUUUUUUUUAAUUAAUACAAAAGAUUCUCUCUUACACUGCCUCACUCUCCUUUGCCUCAGUCUGAAGCUAGUGAGAUCUCUGCCAAGCAACAGUGUCGUCGUCUUCUCAGGCAGCUAAAGUCAAAAUGGGCCAAAUUGCAGCUGAAGCUAGACUGAGAAUGUUGGUCAGUUUGGAAAGUGUGCAGAUGUGACUCAUGUCAGCCCAGAUUUUUUUUAGCAUUAGUUAAUACAGACUAAUAGCUAUGUUCUUCCUCACACAUCCUGAUUUUGCUGAGUGACGAGCUCCACCCUUAUUGACCAAGGGACACCUAGGUUAAAUUUAAUCAAGGAAAAAUGCAAACUUGGUCAUGGGGUUGUUUUUACAUUAGUUCCACAUGCACCUUCUACAUGUUUAGUUUUCAGUACAUCAAAGUUUUACACAAUUAAACAAAAAUCCAAUAUAGCCGCCUUGAAUCGUUAAAAGUUGUUUAUCCUUUCACUAGUAGACAGUUUGUAUGUACAACACUAAUAUCAUUAAAAAUACUUUUUUAGAAAGUCAGAAAAACAACUGAGUUGUGGUCACAUGGAUGGUUUUAUAGAUGUUCUCCAGCAACUAGUGUAAUGUAAGAAUGAUGGUUUAUAGUGCACAAAAGUGGCUUUGUUUAAUCUAGACAACUAUCUAAGAUAAUGUUUUGUAAAUAUAAUGUGUGAUGAAGCUUCUGCAAAUUGCUGGUUUGAUUUAAUCUAGGCUCUGCCCUUGUUAACGGUCACUCAGCAAAAUUAUCCAUCUGUCUUAUAGGGUAAAACUACCAGAGUAUUAAUUUCUUCAUUAAAUAACUUCCAUCACUUUAGUUUUCCAUCAAUUUGACAUUCACCACUUUGGAUAGCCAUAACAGUCUGCCGAACGACACAAACACGAAAUAUACCUCGUCCUUCCUUUCUUUUUUCUACUCCUUGCCGGAGACACUCUUUCACAUCCUUCAGUGAGAGCGGGACACUAUUUCCCCCUGCUUCAGGUCUUUCUGCUGUUAUUUAUGGAAGCAGAUGAAGCUUCACCUUGCACUGAUUUUACACGGUUUCCUUUGUUUUGCUGAGAUCUAAAGGUUUUGCUGGCUGUGUGAGAACCUGUGUACAAAAACUUGGAUUCUUGCAGCAAAAUAAAAAUAAAGAUUGAAGACAGGUCGAGGAAUAAAGGGUUUUGUUCAAAUACA